AUGGCAGAGAGUGGAAAUAAGGGGGAAAGGACAAGUGGGGAUAAAGAUCGGGGAGAUGGCAGACCUCUCGGACCCCGGAAACCCUCCCCACUGGGCUCCCCCUCUUGUGGGAGCAGAAGGCAUCUUUCCCGCGGGAUUGUGAUCCAGCUGACGGGGACAGAGGGAGAGUGGGACAGCCUGGAUGACAGUGAGCUCAUCUUCUCCCUCGAUCACGAUGUGGACUACCCGCCCAUGUCUUUCUCCAAGGAGAGGCAACUCUCUGUGGAGGAUGACAGCAGGUUGCACUCGCCAGCUUUUCACGUCCCUCUCUCUCCUUCUUCGCCCGGCUCUCUAGGGAACUGCUCUGCCACUGGGCCCAGUUUCCUCUCCCCCGGCUCAUCCUCGCCAACCCACCGACCCUUUUCAAGCCUGGUCAAAUCUCUCUCCACAGAGCUUGAGCCGAAAGAGGGCUCCACCCUUAGACCUAAGCCUUUUCUCAGCCUGGUAAAGUCGAUCUCCACAGAGCUCUCCCGCUCGGAACCUGAAGUGUCGCAGUCGAAAUCCGACUCCCGCCUUAACCUCCACCUGUGGAAGCAGCUGACCCAACCGAGAGCCCGCAGCAAUGGGGACUCUCGCACGGCGCCCCCUUCUCCGAGCUCACUCUCCCCAAGCGGAGAGGCUUUUAAAGGGGGCUUCUUCAAGAUGGAGCUGGAGGACACCAAGAGGAAGCUCUCGGAGGCUGUGCAGGAACCUCUGAGCAGCAUGUUCAACAAGAUCAUGAGAGAAGAGAGCGUGGGCAGCCCCAAACACCACAGCAGGACCCAGGGACCUCACCAGGUCGGCUCCAGAGCUUUGGGACGGGAAGGUAGCACAGACACGGUUCUUUCGGACUCACCCGGGAGGAACUCCAGAAAAACAGAUGUGGAUUUUUUGCCUGUGUUUGACUGGCCUUACGUUAAAAACCCUGGGAGAAUUCACAGCAGCUCCUGUCCUGUGCAUAACCACAGACUACAUACCAGGGAUGGCGAGCUGGAAAUAUGUACAGAUGGUGAUAUGAUGCAAGUGUUAACCACGGAGACACACAGACAGGCGAGGAGACCGCCUGCUGCCUCUCAGAUUCCUGUAGCACCCUUGGUUCAGACCUCACCUCUUCCUCAGCCCCCUCAUCCUCUGCCUCGCAUGAGUUUAUUCUGUGUAGCCGUUCUGUCUUAUGGAUAUUUCAUCCUACCUCUUAGCCCAUACUUCUCAGGCCUGGCUCUGGGAUUAGCGCUGGGCUUCUUGAUAGGACUCCUGCUCAUCAGGAUUGGUUCCUCCAGGUCUCGAUGUCCCCGUCCCACCUACAGGUCACCACAGACCCUGCUCGGAGAGGUGAUUCUGACAGGUGGCGCUGUUAACACUGAGCCAGACAUCCUCAAGGGCUGGAUGAGUGAGAUACAAGACUACGACCCAGAGACCUUCCAUCCAGCUCUGACUCACUCCGUGUUUGCCACCUUGGACGGCUCCUGUCUCCAUCUGGACUCCCCUCGUACCAACAUCAGCCGCAGGGCCACAUACAACGAAAGAGUCCACGAAGCCACUUUUGUCAAGUCACGCUGCUUUCAGCUUGAAAAGAGCAAAGUAUUCCUGCUGCCAUCUAUGUUGGCGCGCAAGAGGACGUGGAACCCAAAGUAUCCCAUCUGCAUCCAACUCGCCGGGGAGGUAAACUCACUGGAGGAUGUGGGAGGAAGGCUGAAGGAGAGUCGGGGAGAGGAGCCCGGUGCGGAACCGUCAAGUCCGAAACCAAGUUCCCCCAAACCCGUCCAUGACCCCCCCACCACUCUUUACCUCUUCGGCCGCACGGGACGAGAGAAAGAAGAGUGGUUUCGUUAUUUCCUCUUUGCAUCCAUGGACACAGAGAGGGAUAAGGAGAGGGACACACAGAGGCCUGACAGAUGUGAGUCCAGAUCGGGUGAUCCAGAGCUGGUUCCGAGCGGUGAUGCCUCAGGUAAUCCAAGCAACAGAGGCUCCAGCAGAGUGGAAGGCAGUGACGACGACGCCCCCUGCAUCCCCCCAAUCCCCUGCAUCCCAGCAGCUAAUGUCAGUCAGACCUUCAGAACCACCAGGAGCCAGUUACUGUUAGACUACCCCAGUUACAUGGCUCGUCUCCUGGCCACUGACGAGAUGACCCCCCUGUCCACUCCUGGAGCCGGCAGCCCAGACACCAGCCCCACCGUCAGAGGAAACUGUACUUGUGAUCUAGCAGAGAACCCUGGGAAGAGCCAGACUGCGUGGGUGGACGCUCUCAUUGGUCGGAUUUUCUGGGACUUCCUGCGAGAGAAGCACUGGUCCGACGCUGUUUCCCAAAAGAUCCAGAAGAAGCUCAGCAAAAUCCGACUGCCUUACUUUAUGAAUGAGCUUACCCUGACUGAGUUGGAUAUGGGCUGCUCCAUGCCACAUAUCACUGCUUGCUCCAAACCAGAGGUUAACCAAAGAGGCCUAUGGGUGGAGCUGCAGCUGGUCUACACUGGUGCCCUGCAGAUGACCCUGCAGACUAAAUUCAAUUUGUCCAAACUGGGCAAAGAGGGCGGCCAGGACGCGGACUGUGCCACUGAAACUGGGAGCCCACGCUGCCGGCCAAUCCCCAGUGUGUUGGCGGACAGUGAUGAAGAGUCCUCCAGCGCUGGUUCUUCUGAUGAGGAAGAGCUGCUUCUCUCUGAGCCUCAGGGGCUGGUCGGGGAGAAGGGAUCCACACCAGUAGCGGAAGGGACAGCGGGUGGCAAGACCGGGAGGAAGAUCUUAAGAUUUGUGGACAAAAUCGCUAAAUCAAAGUACUUCCAGAGAGCAACGGAGAACGAGUUCAUUAAGAAGAAGUUUGAGGAGAUGUCCAACACGCCCCUGCUGCUCACCGUGGAGGUUCAGGAGCUGUCUGGGACUCUGGUCGUCAACAUCCCUCCACCCCCUACUGACAGGAUAUGGUACAGCUUCUGUGUGCCGCCCAAGCUGGAGCUGCAUGUCCGUCCGAAACUGGGGGAGAGGGAGGUGACCUUCUGCCACGUCACAGAGUGGAUUGAGAGGAAGCUGCAGGACGAGUUCCAGAAAGUGUUUGUGCUGCCAAACAUGGAUGACAUCUACUUACCCCUGAUGCAUUCUGGGAUGGACCAACCUCAAGGCUCUCAUCAUCCGUCUCCUCAGCCCAGAGGCUCCCAAAGCUCCUCCACAGAGUCUAUAGAGAGGAUCCCGCCUGAGAUCUCUGGGGCAGAGUCGGACUAG